UCUUAUAGCUGGAACAUAUAAAUGAGUGGAGCAAGAUGCCAUAGUUCAGAUCCCUCUAACUCCUCUUGGUUUUACAUCAGCAAGUAUGGCUGCAUUGAUCCUGAUUGUGGCUUUUUUGGGAAUUUUUGUUAAUACUCUACGUGCAGAUGAGGCGUACCAGUACUAUGAAAAAGGAUGCAAUGGGGAGACGGUGUACCACACUGUGAAUAUCAAUGAGCAGGUCAAGAUCGUAGUGUUCAAUAUUUACUCAGGAAAGCAGAUGUCUAAUGCAGUCUUUGAUUACAGGCAGAAUAUAAUUGCCUACCACAUGCCAUACCGAGGGAUCUGCAUUAUCGCACACAUGGAUAUUGCUACCUUUCCAGAUCUUGGCAUCUUCCAGAGGUUCGUCCAAACCAAAAGAGAGAGGAAGGAGGAGAUAUCCAGACUGCUGAAACACUAUGAAGUCACCAACCAGCAGGUUACGGACCUCUACCAGUUUGGAAGUGCAGUUCAAGGGCUAUGCUGGGGAAUUCCCACAUAUUGGGCUCGUGAAGACCCCAAGCCAAGAAGGGUGUUUGGAGCUGAAGGCUGUGCUGGAAUUAAAUUCCUCUUCAUACACGUUGGUCUGUGCGCAGGAUUCCAUCUUUUCUAAUAUAUUAUACGGGGCCUGCAUUCAUAGCAUCAUACUUGCUAUACAUACUGUACAUUCUAUGUUCAUCUUGUCCACAACUUAUAAAAAAAGUUAAUACAUUGUAA